AUAACCAUUUUCGACUCUUCACCAAAGCAAUCUCCGUUCAUCAAGUCUACUUCUCCUGAUCAGCCACCAAGAUCUAAAUUAGUUGGACAUGGCACAAAGAUUGGAAGUGAUUGGCAGCACAAAUGGAUUUAUCUUCGAUGAUGGAUUUGACCAUGACGAUGUUGCCAUGAUUUUUGCUAGAGUUGGUCUUCAUGGCAUUGAUUACUUGGACUUUACAUAUGUUAAGAGUGGAGAGUUGAAAUUUGGAGUACCCGUUGGUAGCGGUCAAGGUUUACAUGAGACGUUUCACAUUAACAAUGACAACAAUGAACACCUCAAAACUGUAGAGGUUUACUACGACUGUAAAUCUGGUUAUAUCAAAGGACUUCAAUUCAAAACCAAUUUCAGGAUUUCAGAACUGAUUGGAUAUGAAAAGGGUGACAAGUUUACACUUGCAGUUGAGGGAAAGAAUAUCAAUGGUUUUCAUGGAUAUUUGAGGAACGGUUACAUCGUCUCCCUUGGAGCAUAUUUUACUUUGAAUCAUCAUCCUAAUAAGUUGGAAGGGGAAUGCAGUAAGAGAGGCAAUCAGUGGGAUGAUGGAGCUGACCAUGAGGGUAUAGCAAAGAUUCAUGUACGAGGUGGUUUUGAAGGCAUUCAAUAUAUCAAAUUUGAUUAUGUCAAGCGUGGAAAACCCAAAGAUGGGGCAAUCCAUGGUCUCUUGGGUAGCGGUUUUACACAGACGUUCAAGAUCAAUUAUCUCUACGAUGAACAUCUAUUAUAUGUAGACGGUUACUACGACGUUGCAUCUGGUGUUAUCCAAUCUCUUCAAUUCAAAACUAACUUCAGGACUUCAGAGGUGAUGGGAUAUGAAAAGGGUAAGAAGUUUUCACUAGGAGAGAAGGGCGAAAAAAUCACGGGCUUUCAUGGAUACGCUGACAAGAAUCUCAACUCUCUUGAAGCAUAUGUCACAACUAUUCUAACUCUUAGAACAAAUUGCCAUGGUGGUACUGGAGGCAUAUCUUGGGAUGAUGAUGGUUUCGAAAGCUUAAGAAAAGUGUACGUUAGUUUUAAUAAGAAUAACAUAAAAAGUAUCACAUUUCACUACCACAAUCACAAUGACACAGUUGUAGGGUGUCAACAUGGGUGGGAAAGUAUACAAGAAGAAGAAGAAGAAGAAGAAGAAGAGUUUGAGCUUGACUAUCCAAAUGAAUUGAUCACAUGUGUGGAGGGGACUUUCAAAAGAUUUGGGCCUAGCGAGAUGAGGAUUACGUCAUUGAUUUUCAAGUCAUCCCAAGGCAGAACUUCUCCGACAUUUGGAAUCGUGUCUGGUACCAAAUUCGUGUUGGAGUACAGAGGUUGUGCAGUGGUUGGGUUUUAUGGAUGUCAUGAUGACCGUGAUCUUGUUGCUAUUGGUGCAUACUUUUAUAUGAUGCCUCCUCCUACUGCAGAGAAACUGCGACCACAAAGUGGUUGUCGAGGAGAGUCAUGGGACGAUGGUGUUUACGAUAAUGUUAGAAAGAUAUAUGUAGGACAAUGCGAAAAUGGUAUCGCAUUCCUCAAGUUUGUGUACGAUAAGGACACUCGGAUGGUUAUUGGAGACGAUCAUGGAAACAAAACACCACUUGAUAUCAAAGAGUUUGAUGUGGAAUAUCCAAGUGAAUACAUUACGGCCGUGGAUGGUUGUUACGACAAAGUAAUUGGAAGUGAAGUGGGAGUUAUAACUAUGCUUAGGUUUAAGACGAACAAACGAACAUCUAUAUCCGUUGGAUUCAAAUCUAGCUCAAGCUUUCUACUCUACAAAGUCGGCUACAAAAUUGUUGGAUUCCAUGGAAAAGCAAGUGACAUGAUCAAUCAUCUUGGAGUCCAUGUUGUCCCCCUCACCGAGUAAUCAUCUUCUAAUCUCCAUUGUUGUCAUAAUUAUGCAAUCUCUCUCGUGUGUGAUAACAAUUACCCUGAGAAUUAUUAUUUUUAAGA